ACCCCACCAGCGCUCAGAACCGUCACGGACACAGAUCCAGACGUAAUCUCGGGAGCCCGAGAACAGCGAACAUACGCGACUAAAGGGAAGAGAGAUAGAGAUAGAGAGAUAGAGAUAGAGAGAUAGAGAGAGAUAGAGAGAGAGAGAGAGAGAGAGAGAGAGAGAGGAGAGAAAAGAGAAGAAGCGAGAAAAUAAACGGCAAACGUGAAUGUUUCCAUUCGCGUAGCCGGCGGUCAUCUGACAGCAAAGACGGUGUAGCCGGGAGGAAGACGCAGCCACCGAUACCGGAAAACACAGGCGCGCGGCAGAAGAGACUGCUUUUCCCCGCCGGACACCUUGUUUUGUGACGAGUGAUAUACGACGAUACAAAGUGUAAUCACCGCAUGGCGCCGCACACCAGCUACACGCCGAUCAGCGGCAUGGAGUACGAGGAGCCGGUCUCGCGCACUUAUCAGUACCGCAAGGUGAUGAAGCCGAUGCUGGAGCGCAAGCGGCGCGCCCGCAUCAACCGCUGCCUGGACGAGCUGAAGGACCUGAUGGUGACCGCGCUGCAGGCCGAGGGCGAGAACGUGGCCAAGCUGGAGAAGGCGGAUAUCCUGGAGCUGACGGUGCGUCACCUUCACACGCUGCGCGCCGCCAGGAGGCUCACCUUGACGCCGGAGAACAGCUACGCUGAUCGAUUCCGGGACGGCUUCACCCAGUGCGCUCAGGAGGUGUCGACGUUCCUGUCGACGUCGGUCGCCGCGGCGGUGCAUCCCGCCGCUGGUGCCCAGCUCAUGCGACACCUCGGUGGCUGCCUCCGACGCCUGGAGGGUCCGGCUGGCGCGAACCACGCGACCGCGACGACAACGUCGAGCAGCACGAAGAGCAGCCAGCCGACGCAGCCGAACGGCAGCCAGAAGAGCGUCCCGCAAAACGUCUAUUCUCCGCCGCAGAGCCCCGUGAGUGUCGCGAGCUCCUCCGUCGAGUCCUCCGACUCCUCCAACCUCGCUGUCUGGAGGCCUUGGCGAUGAAGCAGCCUCUCGGCGAGGUGAGACGAACGUCCCGUGGAUCUCCGACUAUGGCGGGCCGUGGAUGGACCAGAGAGACGACCGAGUCGACGGGGGGAUUUCCACCGCGGCAGAGUCCAGCUCGCCGCGGCGCAGCAAUCAACGACGAAUCAAUGUCUUCCGAGUCCUUUCGAGCUCUCUUCUUACCCUCGUCAUCGAGGACAUUGAGGAUCUUGCGCUCAUCCCGAUUUAUUUACUCGAUCGUAUUGUACAUAAAAGUGAUGAAGCUUUAAGUGACGUCUGUGAUAGGGUUCCAUUUUGUACCUGAACUGACUGUUUUCUUAUAAAGUAUAACUGCUAUUAUAUAGACGUUAAUUUGUUAUAUUAUAAAGAACUUUUCUCGCGACACACAAUGCCGCUCGCGGCGAAAUAAAUAUACUACGUUGAGGCAGCCAGCCGCACGAUAAUCAAUAAAUGUCUCGUUUCAACGAUU